AUGUUUUCGUCAAUUCUUGAUAUAUUACUACUACUACUACUACUACUUAAAAUAGAAUACUACUAUUAUUAUUAUUAUUAUUAUUAUUAUUAUGAUGAUGAUGAUGAUGAUGAUGAUGAUGAUGAUGAUGAUGAUGAUGAUGAUGAUGAUGAUGAUGAUGAUGAUGAUGAUGAUGAUGAUGAUGAUGAUGAUGAUGAUGAUGAUGAUGAUGAUGAUGAUGAUGAUGAUGAUGAUGAUGAUGAUGAUGAUGAUGAUGAUGAUGAUGAUGAUGAUGAUGAUGAUGAUGAUGAUGAUGAUGAUGAUGAUGAUGAUGAUGAUGAUGAUGAUGAUGAUGAUGAUGAUGAUGAUGAUGAUGAUGAUGAUGAUGAUGAUGAUGAUGAUGAUGAUGAUGAUGAUGAUGAUGAUGAUGAUGAUGAUGAUGAUGAUGAUGAUGAUGAUGAUGAUGAUGAUGAUGAUGAUGAUGAUGAUGAUGAUGAUGAUGAUGAUGAUGAUGAUGAUGAUGAUGAUGAUGAUGAUGAUGAUGAUGAUGAUGAUGAUGAUGAUGAUGAUGAUGAUGAUGAUGAUGAUGAUGAUGAUGAUGAUGAUGAUGAUGAUGAUGAUGAUGAUGAUGAUGAUGACGAUGAUGAUGAUGAUGAUGAUGAUGAUGAUGAUGAUGAUGAUGAUGAUGAUGAUGAUGAUGAUGAUGAUGAUGAUGAUGAUGAUGAUGAUGAUGAUGAUGAUGAUGAUGAUGAUGAUGAUGAUGAUGAUGAUGAUGAUGAUGAUGAUGAUGAUGAUGAUGAUGAUGAUGAUGAUGAUGAUGAUGAUGAUGAUGAUGAUGAUGAUGAUGAUGAUGAUGAUGAUGACGAUGAUGAUGAUGAUGAUGAUGAUGAUGAUGAUGAUGAUGAUGAUGAUGAUGAUGAUGAUGAUGAUGAUGAUGAUGAUGAUGAUGAUGAUGAUGAUGAUGAUGAUGAUGAUGAUGAUGAUGAUGAUGAUGAUGAUGAUGAUGAUGAUGAUGAUGAUGAUGAUGAUGAUGAUGAUGAUGAUGAUGAUGAUGAUGAUGAUGAUGAUGAUGAUGAUGAUGAUGAUGAUGAUGAUGAUGAUGAUGAUGAUGAUGAUGAUGAUGAUGAUGAUGAUGAUGAUGAUGAUGAUGAUGAUGAUGAUGAUGAUGACGAUGAUGAUGAUGAUGAUGAUGAUGAUGAUGAUGAUGAUGAUGAUGAUGAUGAUGAUGAUGAUGAUGAUGAUGAUGAUGAUGAUGAUGAUGAUGAUGAUGAUGAUGAUGAUGAUGAUGAUGAUGAUGAUGAUGAUGAUGAUGAUGAUGAUGAUGAUGAUGAUGAUGAUGAUGAUGAUGAUGAUGAUGAUGAUGAUGAUGAUGAUGAUGAUGAUGAUGAUGAUGAUGAUGAUGAUGAUGAUGAUGAUGAUGAUGAUGAUGAUGAUGAUGAUGAUGAUGAUGAUGAUGAUGAUGAUGAUGAUGUUCAGUUUUGUCAUGAUGAUACGACCAACUGUAUCUGA